ACAGGAUUUGAAAAUAACACAAAAAAAACUGGCCGCCGCGUAACGUCAUUUGAAAAUUCCGCUUCGAAAAAGGGUGCGCGAGAUUAGUUAAAGUAAUUGUAAACGGAAUAAUUGGGAGGAUUUGUAGCGGUUUUAAUCCUUGUUCGUUGAAAAUUUCAUAAGGAUGGACAAUUUCGACGACUUAUCCAACGAGCAGCUUCGAUUGAAGCUGCUCGAAUAUGGCUUGGCCAACAUGCCCGUCACCCAGACCACCCGUAAAGUUUUGAUUAAAAAGCUGAAAAAUCAUAUUGAGAACAGCAACACUAAAGUACGCCGUGAAACGAUUCAUGUCACAAAAUACUCUUCGGAUGAGGAUGGAGAAAAUGGUGUUUCUGAAGAACCGAAGAAACCGGUUGCGAAGAAGGAAACGAACCGGCGGGCUACCAUUGGGGGUUCAGCUGCUAAGCUCUCGAAAACACUACCGGUUCUUCCGAAAUUACCGCCCCCGUCAGAAAAGCCACCGGUUGUGCAGGAACAACCUAUUGAACCGUCUCAGAAGCGUCGAUCCGGAAGGACAACUCCGAUACUGAGCCGAGAAGAAGCUCCCGUUGUUGCUGCUCCGAAAGAAUCGGCAAUUUUGGAAAACUCGGAUGACGACGAAGAAAUGCCCCUAACUCAACUGACUCGUCGAUUCGACCGUAAAUCUAAAUCCAAAAGUCCUUCUUUGAGUCGCGCCGAAAUGGUUACCACAUCGUACGUUCAAGUUUCUGCCCAGCCGGCAAUCACCGAGGAAAUGGAAAUCGAUUUGACCGAAUCAACGGACGAAAUUGUCGAACCUCCAACUCCGGUGUAUGAACCUGAAAUUCCUCAACCAAAAACUCGUCCUAUGGCCAGAACCCCACCGCGGGAACCGAGACACAGAUCGUCUGUUGAUAUAGAAAUUAGCAACGUUAACAAGCGUACAACCAUUGGACCCAGCACAAUUUCGACAGGAUACUCCUCAUCAUUUGGUCGCCCCUCGGUUGCUUCUCCCAUCGUUGUCCCGAACCGCGAGGAGGUAAACUACAACCCAACGGAUUCACCGUAUUUGAGCGAGUUUACCAAACGCUUGUCCCGACUCAAGGCUGAAUCUGCGCAGAUCAACGCUGUCCGGGAUCAUCCGAUUAGACGUACUAUUGCAUCCAGCUAUGCCUCUCCAUCCCGGGGAGAUGGCAAUGACUACGUCCAGUCUCGAUUGGCUACAAUGCGUGGUGGCCCUGCAGCUGGUACCGCCAACAAUAAGGGCGAGAUCCGUGCAUCUCUGCAGCAGGUAAUCCUUGCGCUGGAUCAGAAGUACUCCAUCCGGAAAGCCUUCUUCCUGUUGAUCGUAGCGAUGAUUGUUGUUUUCUUGUUUGUUUUCUUCUUUAUGUAAGCUACAAUACGAGCACUUAUUUUUAUUUCCAUGAACAAAAUAAUAUCUAUUACCAAGAACUCAGUCGAUUACAUCACGGACUAACUGCAUUGGUUUGUGGUUUUUCUUUUAAUAUUAUUUUUUAAUCCCGUUAAUGAGACUUCCUUUGUAAUUGUGGAAUAUAUUUAAGCAAUAACAUGUUGAA